AUGACAGAACAAGCACAUCCAAAGGCAUCGUCGUCAACAUGCUCCGGAAUAGUCACGAUAUUCAGCGAAAAAAAACUGCGAGUUCUACGUGCACUAAUUGGAACAUUUAUUGCAGAACUCGAAGGAUCAGAACAAAACAUUCUUAUGAAAAGUGACGCCAAGGUUGUCACUAGUCACGCGAAACAUGUUGAAGCGCUUGGAAAAUAUGAUUUAUCAAACGUUGAAGAUUUCAUAGAUAAAUUUCAGGAUCUGCUCACAAAACAUGUUCCUGACGAUAAAAUCCAACAAAUUAAAUUUGCGCUUAAAUUGUUGUCGAAUGGUGUUACCGCGUAUCCACUUACCGGCUACACGAAACCUUUUUAUGAACUUAACAGGAAGCAACGGGAAGCAGUGUUACUAAAAUGGAGCGCAAGUUCUCAGGGUUUCCAACGAAAAAUUUUUCGAUCUUUUUAUCUUUUGAUUUGCUUCAAGUUUUGGUCGUCGCCAUACGACUUUUACCCGGCAAUAGGAUACCCAGGACCAGAUCCGAAAGCUAAAGGAGGGCGAUUCACGAACAAAGAGUUUCCCAAGUUCGAAUUUUUAGAUCCUCCCACUUCAAAAGAUAUGGAAUUAACUUUCGAUGUGAUCAUAGUUGGAUCGGGGGCUGGUGGUAGUGUUGCCGCUGCGGAAUUGUCGAAAAUGGGAAAUAGUGUGUUGGUUAUUGAGAAAGGAAAAUAUUAUCAUCAACGUGAUCUCACUUUGGAACAGGCUGAUGCUACUGAAAAGUUGUACGAAAAUGCGGGAAUGGUGAGUUCGGAAGAUGGAAGUUUGUAUAUUCUUGCUGGAUCUACUUUUGGCGGUGGCACUACUGUCAGUUGGUCUGCUUCAUUGAGGGUAAAAGAAUGGGCCAGAGAAGGACUUGGCUAUUUCCUAACUGAAGACUAUCGAAGAUCCUUAAAUGUAAUAAUAGCAAGAAUGGGAGUAACAGAUGAGAACAUUAUUCACAACGUCAGCAACAAAACAUUAAUGGAAGGUUGUAAAAAAUUAGGAAUUCACGUGGAAACGGUACCACAAAAUUCCGCCGCAAGGCCACAUGAAUGUGGUUGGUGCACAUUCGGCUGUAAAUACGGUGAAAAGCAAGGGUCGCUCAUGACAUUCUUGAAGGAUGCUCAAGACAACGGAGCGAAAUUCCUUCAAGAUUGUUUUGUUGAGGAAGUUUUGGUAGAAAGUGGAAAAGCUACUGGCGUGUUAGCGAGAGUCGGAGGAGAUGAUCAUCAAUUUAUUAUACGUGCUAAUAAGGUUAUUGUUGCUGGUGGUGCUAUUCACAGUCCGGCGUUGUUGCUUCGAAGUGGAUUGAAAAAUAAAAAUAUCGGGAAAAAUCUUUAUACACAUCCUGCCGUCUUAUUAUACGGAAUAUUUAAUAAAGAUGUCAAAGCGUACAAUGGCACAAUUCUCACAACAAUCUCGAAUGUUGUUGAAAACGUAGACGGGGAUAACUACGGAGCAAAAAUUGAAGUUCCUGCUUUACAUCCAACCACGAUUCCGUAUGCAUUCCCUUGGAAAUCAUCUCUACAACAUAAAAUACUAAUGACACAACUCAAUCACAUGGUUGCUUUGGUUGUAAUAGCACGCGACAAAGACAGUGGUCGAGUUGUUACUGAUUCAAAUGGUAGACCACGUAUUCACUAUACAGUAAGUCAACACGAUGGCAAAAGUAUCACUGCUGGUCUCAUCGCCGGUUUAAAGAUCCUUGUCGCGGCUGGCGCAAAGAAAGUUGGGACUGGACAAGCGGGUGUCGAUGAAUUUGUGACUGCUAAAGAGGAUCCAUUGAAUGACCCGAAAUUUUUGCAGUACCUUAAAAAAGUUUCAAAAGUCGGCUGUAUACCAAAUCAAGCUUAUCUGGCAAGUGCUCAUCAGAUGGGUACAUGUCGAAUGGGUGUAGAUUCUGGAACUUCAGUAGUUGAUCAGAAUGGUGAAUGUUGGGAGACGAAAAAUCUCUAUGUUGCUGAUGCCAGUUUGUGCCCUAGUGCAGUGGGCGUAAAUCCAAUGGUCACAACCAUGAGUUUCGGAUAUUCAGUCGCAAAGGCCAUCAUUAAUAAAGAUAAUCCAAAGGCUACAACACGAACCUACACCAAUCAGCAACAACGACGAACUAUGAGCAUGCGUAUCACAUCUAAAUAUUUCGCCUUUUAA